UCAGUAAGACAUUAAAUCAAAGCAGUGCAGUAAUUGAAUCCACCAUUAAUUACGAGCAAGUUUGGUGGUUCCGUUCAUAACUUGUAUCAAACUAGGUUUGUUACUAUUACACUGAAGACUAUAUUACCACCAUCCUAACUUGGUCGCCCCUAGUUCGGAAAACUCCGGCUUUUGAAUACACCAUCUCUCAGUGUUAUUAGAUUUGUGGAUGAAAAUAGUGUAGCUUUUACAUCAUAACGAGAAAAUAACUCCGAAAUCUAAUUACUUCUACUACUGAUAUGUUUUCCAAGUAGUGACUUAGUCACAUUUUAUGACAAUCAUCUUUAAUAUCGUUUUAAUGCGUAAACAAACACACCUCAAACGUAUUCUUUAUCAGAUCCACUAUCUCCCCUGUUAGUGUUGCUAAAUUCACAUACACACUCAACACUCGACCGUGGUGAGUAAACGCGGGUCAGCAGACAACAAGCAGUAGUUCAGUUUUAUAUGAAACAUCCACUUAUACGUCACCCGUUCCCACUAACAAAAUUAACAGCACACGGUCAGUCAGGUAGUGCUAUACGCUAACAUAACACGUUCUUAGCGCUACAGAAAAUUAAAUUUAUACUCGAUUUAUUGCCAUAACUCGAGUUAAUAAAUUGUCAACAACGAAAUUAAUCGUUUCAAGAAUUAUCUGCAGUUCGAUUACUGCGCCUUAUCUGGGUUUAGUAAGUCACACCAGUCCUGUACCUACCGCUACGUAUCUGAUAACAACGGUCGCGAUAACGUCCGAUACCUAGCUGACUCAGAUUGACUUCAUUAGCCGGUGAAUGCGUUGGUCUAUUUGUUGCAUUGGUAAAAGACAAGGAAAACUCAUUGCGUGAAUAACUGAGUGAGAUGGUUACGUGAGCCACUAGCAUGCGCUGGUCGAAGUGGUGGUGGGUGGUGGUGGCGCUGCACGCGCGCUCCCUCGCGCAGUCCAACACACCGACCGUCUGCGAGGAAGAAGCGUGCCGCUGCGACCCCUUCACUAGAGUUAUAUGCACUUGCACCCAAGAUUAUCCCGAGGUGACCCUACGACCUGAUGGAGCUUAUAGAGUUCCCUCUACUACUACUGGCAUUAUUAUAGAUAACUGUUCGCGGGUGACCUUCCUGCCCGACACCGUACGAAGUCUCAUACAACUUCGCAAUAUAGAACUAAGAAAUGUGAAUCACGUUGUCAUUAACGAGCGAGCCCUAUCUUGGUCUCCGUUCUCCACACUGAACGAAAUGAACCCAGGACUACGGAUCUCGAUAACCAACAGUACGAUAGACGAGAUCUCGUCUCACGCAAUACAGGGACGCGUCAACGAUGUCGUCAUUAGCAAUAGUAGGAUCAAAGUGCUGAAGCCCUUCGCCUUCUCUAGCCUCACUGGAGUCAAUACUAUAGACUUGCAAGAUAAUGUUUUUGAGAACAUUGAAAUUCAAGCGUUUAAAAAAUUCACUGUAGACAAUUUUAUGCUGCGCGGAGGCAGUAUAAAUACACUACCGAGCAGGUUCCUGUCUGACGUGGAAGUCACCAACCUGUUCCGUAUGGAAGGAGUAUCUGUUAAGUAUUUGUAUAGUUUAACUUUUCUUGUCAGUUCACCAAAGAGGGUCCUUAUAGAGAGUAACACAAUAGAAACAUUGGAAGGAGAUGGGUUUCACAUAGUUACGAGAGGGCCAAUAACAUUUAGAAAUAAUACAGUAACCAAUUUGAGGAAAGGAGCAUUUUUCGGAUUCACCGUGGAUUUGGGGAUAGCGUCGGUGAUGGGGCCUCAGGAGCUACUAAUUGAUAACAAUACCAUUACUAAUUUGACACCGGCCUCAUUAAUGUACAACCGUACGAGACUGACUUUGAGGGUCGAUGGACUGAACCUGAAUACAUCAUGCGCUUGUGAAUUAGCAGAACAGUGGCGUGAAGUGUUAAAGGAACAAGGUGGAACAAUAACCUGCUGGUAUGAGCUUGAGGGCUACUACAUAUCGCUGCCAACUUACGUGGACAGUAGGUGCGGACCGUUUAAACAAAACUUCUGGAUUUUUGUGCUCAUAGGUGUCAUUUUAGUGUUAAUUCUAGCGGCCAUAGCCAUAUUCUUUAUAGUUAGACGAGAGAACGAAAAGAAGAAGAAAGUGCAGAUAGUUAUGCCAGACGGAAAGACUUACAGGGAAACCGAAUUCCACAUAGUUGUUGAGAGAGCCGAGCUCCUCACUACAGAUUUAUGAGCCGUUGUGUUGUGAAAACGAUUGAUCUCUGUCGUGGUGUCUCUGGUGACACACAAUAGAUGACUAGGUAGUUCGAUGAAUCGCUCCGUGAAUUAUGUUCCAUCGAAAUUCUACCUCAGGGCCUUGAUUCUGCUACAUUACGCAAACAACUACCUAUAGGGCUGAGCAUUGAAAAAUUGUGACGACAAGUUUGAUGUCACGGUCCCGAAAUGCGUUGAUCGCGUGUGUGUUGUUUGUAGCAACAUCAGAGCCCCACUCUGUCAUUGCAAAGUGCCAACAUUUAGUUAUACACCGACCAGUAUUACGCGAUGUGGUGUUGCGAAAGAUACUACUUAGGUAUUUGUUAUGGUAGCGUUAAAUUAUUGUGAUUAAUAAAAAGUACAAGGAA